UAUAUUUAGGUAUCUAUGGUAAUUCUCGUAUACCUCUGACUCUGUAGCUCCAUGUUCAAUCGUGCGGGACUUUCUAUAGCUUCCUAUUGGACAACACUAACAAUUGACAUGGUUUGGAAUUCCUUCGCUGUCUUUCAUUUGCAUGCCGACAAACCGACUUGUUUUUAAGUUUCACUGGCGCGAGGAGCAAGCGGUCCAAUAAGGGAAAGUUUUUAAUAUUUUUUAACUUCAAAUUCAAUCAAAAUGAUGGGACACUAUGUGGAACAAUCGCAGCCAGAGGAAGAAAUAUUUCCAAAUAGAGUUUUUCUUGGAGGCUUAGAUCGCAAAUUUACUGAGAUGCAAUUGGAGACCUUCUUCUCCGACCGUGGUUCAGUUAUCGAUGUGCGAAUUGUAUGCGACCGAAAAACCGGAGUAUCGAAGGGCUACGGAUUUGUAACCUUUGAGGAUGUGGAAGUUUGCAAACAACUUAUCAAUCAGGGAUCUAUUGAAUAUCAAGGCAAGACACUUCGAGUGCGAACUGCUAUCAGAAGAAAGGGUCAAGGUCAAUUUGAAGAGGAAAAACUAAAAAAUCAGAAACUAUCUCAACCGCAAGCGAGCAAUGCAGAGAAUACUUAUUACGCAUACCUAUGGCCAACUGCAGAUUGUACACCUUAUCAAUACGCAUUACCAUACCAGAAUGUAGUAUAUCUCCCAACUGUCUUCUUUCAGCCAUGGUCAAGUUUUUAACAUUUUAAAAGAUGCUGUAUUUUGAAUGCAGUGGAAUAAUGCUCUCUUAAAGAAAGUUUUUUCAUCGAUAUUUUUACAUGUGUGACAUAACGGCAACUAUAUACUUUUUACUAUCAUUCUUAUAUACCAAGAUUAUUUCUUAAGCAUGUGAAUGAUGUGAUAUAUUUUUCUAUAUUGGAUGUGAUCCUAAC